UAUAUCUGUCUCCCCUCUCUCUCUCUCUGAACACCCUGUACGCCGUCGUUUCGACAAUUUGUCCCCGAUCCCGGCGUGACGUGACACGCAAAGUAAAGGAAGAAGAAAGCUCCUCCUGUCCCUACUCUCCCUCUCUCUCUCGCUGGAUUUACUGCGAAGUCAAUCAGAAUUUGAAUUCGCAUCUUCCUUUCUCAUGCGGAAUUUCAGUAUCUAGGAUGCGAAUUCCCUGCGUCCCCCAAGAAAUGAGACAUAUAUUCGCUGAUUUUCUGUUCAUUCGCUUCCGAAUACUGACUAUCUGAAAGGAUUUCUGAAUACCAAAACCAUGACCAAUCAAGUCACUUAGGUAUCUCACUGAUCUCCUCGAAGCAAAGAAGUUUGCCAAUCUCCGAGCUUCCGAGUCAGCGAGUUUUUCCAUUUUCGAGUUGGAUUGCGGAAUCUUUUUUCUUCGCACGGUGUGAGAACGAUGUCGACCAAGGUGGUGUACGAAGGUUGGAUGGUCCGCUACGGACGGAGAAAGAUCGGGCGCUCGUUCAUCCACAUGCGGUAUUUCGUUCUCGGGUCUCGCUUGCUUGCUUACUACAAGAGAAAACCUCAGGACAAUCAGGUUCCAAUUAAAACCAUGGUAAUUGAUGGAAACUGUAGAGUGGAGGAUCGAGGCCUGAAGACCCACCAUGGACAUAUGGUUUAUGUUUUGUGUGUAUACAACAAGAAAGAGAAGCAGCAUCGAAUUACGAUGGCAGCAUUCAACAUUCAAGAGGCGUUAAUCUGGAAGGAAAAGAUUGAGCUUGUUAUUGAUCAGCAUCAGGGAUCACAAGUGGCAAAUGGGAACAAAUAUGUUUCUUUUGAAUAUAAAUCUGGGAUGGAUAAUGGAAGGACUGCUUCCUCAUCUGACCACGAAAGUCAGUUCAGUGCACCGGAGGAUGAAGAUGAUGCUCAUCCAAAUUUGUUGCGAAGAACAACUAUUGGAAAUGGUCCUCCAGAGUCGGUGUUUGACUGGACACGGGAAUUUGACUCGGAAUUCUCGAAUCAGAAUACCCACAAUCAAGCAUUUUCAAGAAAGAAUUGGCGUCUUCUCCAAUGCCAAAAUGGACUUCGCAUUUUUGAAGAACUUGUUGAAGUUGAUUACCUUCCAAGGAGCUGUAGCAGAGCAAUGAAGGCUGUUGGUGUUGUGGAGGGUACCUGCGAAGAAAUAUUUGAACUUGUUAUGAGCAUGGAUGGGACACGGUUUGAGUGGGAUUGCAGUUUCCAGUAUGGCCGUUUAGUAGAGGAGGUGGAUGGGCACACAGCAAUACUUUAUCACAGACUUCAGUUGGACUGGUUCCCGAUGUUUGUGUGGCCUCGUGAUCUUUGUUAUGUGCGAUAUUGGCGACGAAAUGAUGAUGGAAGUUAUGUUGUCUUAUUUCGUUCUAGGGAGCAUGAGAACGGUGGUCCACAACCUGGAUAUGUUCGAGCACAUAUUGAGAGUGGAGGAUUCAACAUUUCUCCUCUAAAACCUCGUAAUGGGAGGCCUAGGGCACAGGUGCAGCAUCUUAUGCAGAUUGAUCUUAAAGGGUGGGGUGUGGGAUAUAUAUCAUCAUUCCAACAACAUUGUGUACUUCAAAUGUUAAAUAGCGUUGCUGGACUUCGUGAAUGGUGUGCCCAAACAGAUGAGAGGAAGGCUCCUCCAAGAAUCCCAGUAAUGGUUAAUAUGACGUCAGCUUCUGUCUCCUCAGAGAAGGGUGAGAAGCUGAAUGCUUCUUUUCAUCCUAGCGCAGCUACUGAUCAGAUAAAUGCCACAAACAGAAAUUCAGUGAUGAUGGAAGAAUACUCUGAUGAGGAUGAGGAAUAUCAAAUAGCUGAGCCUGAACAAGAGGCAGAUCCAUCUCGGCUUGAGAGUGAUAUCAAGAGAACAGCCUUGGAAGAAGAACCAGCAGACGAAAUUGAUUUAACCUGUUUUUCGGGUAAUCUCCGGCAUGAUGACCGUGAUAAAGCACGUGACUGCUGGAAAAUCUCAGAAGGGAACAACUUUAGAGUCAGGAGCAAGCAUUUUUGUUAUGACAAAACAAAGAUUCCUGCUGGGAAACAUCUAAUGGAUCUUGUUGCUGUUGAUUGGUUCAAGGACACCAAAAGAAUGGACCAUGUUGCUAGGCGGCAAGGAUCUGCGGCCCAGGUUGCCUUGGAAAAGGGGCUUUUCUCUAUGGUUAUAAAUUUGCAAGUACCUGCGUCAACACACUACAGUAUGGUAUUUUAUUUUGUAAUGAAGGACUUGGUACCUGGAUCACUCUUGCAAAGAUUUGUUGAUGGUGACGAUGAAUUCCGCAAUAGUAGGCUGAAGCUCAUCCCAUCAGUUCCCAAGGGCUCGUGGAUUGUGCGCCAGAGUGUUGGGAGCACCCCUUGUUUAUUGGGGAAAGCAGUUGAUUGCAACUACAUCCGUGGUCCCAAUUACUUGGAAAUUGAUGUCGACAUUGGUUCUUCCACUGUUGCUAAUGGAGUUUUGGGGCUGGUAAUUGGUGUAAUCACAACAUUGGUGGUAGACAUGGCUUUCCUUGUACAGGCAAAUACGACCGAUGAAUUGCCGGAAAGACUGAUUGGCGCUGUCCGCGUUUCUCAUAUAGAGCUUUCAUCUGCUAGAGUCCCCAAACUAGAACCAGACCCAUCGUGACACACUUUGAAUCUGUGUUGGUUUUCCAGAGUUAUCCAAAAUCAUUUGUUCAGAUAAGCAUGCAUUCUAUUUCCCAUUAGAUUUUGCAUUUUCAUAUGCACCAGAAAUCAUGUUAUUAAUGUUUUCCAUACUUUUAUCUUUGUAUAAAAUAGUGAAAGAGAAAUGGGUUUUUUGGUCCAUCGACAGUUGAAUAAGAUUACAGGAUGCGGUAAAAUUGGUUUGCCAA